GUUCGGGCCAAGCGCAUUUUGUAACCAAUAAUUGCUCAGCGUCCAUCCCCAUUUUACUCCAAAGCACUUCUCCACUCUGCAAUUGUGUUCCCUGUGUGUUCUUGUGAGUUCUGACUGCAGCUUCAAUGGCUGAGCUGGUGGCUAGCAUGGUGGUCGGGCCACUGGUGUCCAUGGUGAAGGAGAAGGCGUCCAGCUACAUCCUGAACCGGUACAAGGUGAUGGAGGGCAUGGAGGAGGAGCACGAGAUCCUGAAUCGCAAGCUUCCUGCCAUCCUCGACGUCAUCGCCGAUGCCGAGGAGCAGGCAACCCACCGUGAAGGGGCAAAAGCAUGGCUUGAGAAGCUCAAAACUGUGGCAUACGAGGCAAAUGAAGUCUUCGACGAGUUCAACUACGAGGCGCUCCGCCGCGAAGCCAAGAAGAAGGGGCACAUCACCAAGCUCGGCAUGGGUGCAGUAACGCUCUUUCCUACUCACAACCGUAUUGCGUUCCGUUACAGGAUGGGCAACAAGCUUCGCAGGAUUGUGCAGACCAUCGAGGUACUUGUGGUUGAAAUGAAUUCUUUUGGAUUCAAAUAUCAACGGCAAGCACCAGCAUCUAAGCUGUGGCGUCAGACGGAUUCCAUCAUUGUUGAUCCAGAGAAUAUUGUCAGUAGAUCCAGAGACGAGGAGAGGCAGAAGAUUGUUAACAUCAUAACUGAUAAGGCCAACACUUCAGAUCUCACUGUCGUUCCCAUCGUUGGGAUGGGUGGGCUGGGCAAAACCACCCUCACUCAGCUCAUCUACAAUGACCCUGAUGUCAAGAAGCAUUUCCAACUUCGGAAUUGGGUCUGCGUGUCAGAUGAUUUCGAUGUUUGUAAUCUUGCUAACAAGAUCUGCAACACCUCUGGUGAGAACAACCUAGAGAAGGCACUGCAGAAACUUCAGCAAGAAAUCCACAGAAAGAGGUACCUUCUUGUACUGGAUGACGUUUGGAAUAAGAAUAUCGACAAGUGGGAGAAGCUGGAGGCCUGUCUUAAACAUGGGGAUGUCGGCAGUGUCGUAUUAACGACAACUCGUGAUAAAGAAAUAGCUAAACUCAUGGGUACAGUUCAAGACCAUGACAUCACAGUUUUGGACAAGAAAUUCAUACAUGAAAUUAUUGAAAGAAGAGCAUUCAGUGUGCAAAACAGCAAGCCAGCUGAGCUAGUUAAGUUGGUUGAUCAGAUUGCAGAGAGAUGUGCUGGGUCUCCACUAGCAGCAAAAGCAUUGGGAUCUGUAUUACGUAACAAGACUACUGUGGAAGAAUGGGAAGCCGUAUUACAAGGAAGCAGCAUAAGCAAUGAUGAGACUGGAAUUUUACCUAUACUCAAGCUCAGCUACGAUGACUUGCCAGCUGACAUGAAGCAAUGCUUUUCUUUUUGUGCUAUGUUUCCCAAGGAUUAUGAGAUUGACGUGGACAUGCUUAUUCGACUAUGGAUGGCCAAUGGUUUUAUCUCAAAGCAAAAAGGAGUACGUGCUGAAAUCGUUGGUAAACGGAUUUUCAACGAGUUGGUUUCAAGGUCAUUCUUCCAGGAUGUGAAGGAAGUCACGGUUGACGAAGAUAAAAGAAGGCGUGGGUAUUGUUCAAGAAUUAUAUGUAAGAUCCAUGACCUCAUGCAUGAUGUUGCAUUGUCUGCUAUGGAAACAGAGUGUGCUGCUAUAACUAGUCAAAGUAUUGAGUUGCUUCCAAAUACUGCUCGCCAUUUACAUUUUUCAUGUUGUGGAUCAGAGAUUAUUUUAAAUCAUUCUAUGAAGAAAAUGUCUCUAGCUAUCCAAACACUGAUGGCUGGUGAAUAUAUGGUUAGAAAUUUGCAGCAUUCAUCAAAAUACAGUUCUUUGCGAGCAUUACAACUCCGUGCUUCGAGUCUGCCAAUGAAACCAAAGCAUCUGCAUCACCUAAGGUAUCUUGAUCUGUCAGGAAGUUCUAUCAUAGCACUUCCGGAAGAUAUAAGCAUCCUAUAUAAUCUUCAGACGCUAAACCUCUGUGGCUGCAAAAAUCUUGAUCGACUUCCCAAGCAAAUGAAGUACAUGACUGCCCUCCGUCACCUCUACACUCAUGGAUGUGAGAAGUUGAAGUGCAUGCCUCCGAAGCUUGGACGACUCACUUCCCUUCAGACACUUACAUAUUUUGCAGUGGGUAGUGGCUCUAAAUCUAAUUGCAGUAAGCUUGGAGAGCUGCAGCAUUUAAACAUUGGUGGUUCACUACUGCUAAGUCAGCUCGAGAAUGUGACACAAGCAGAUUCAAAAGCAUCCAAUCUUGGAAAUAAGAAGGAACUGAGAGAACUGUCAUUAAGGUGGACAAGUGGUAAGGAGGAGGAACAACAAUGUCAUACAGUGCUAGAGGAUCUCAAGGCUCAUGAUGGCUUGAAGGCUCUAAUGAUAUAUUCCUACCAAGGCACCACUUUUCCAACAUGGAUAGGUAUGUUGCAAAACUUGGUUGAGCUUCGACUGCUUGAUUGUAGGAAAUCCAAGCAGCUUCCUCCAUUGUGCCAGCUACAAGAGCUAGGACUUCUUCAUUUGGAAGGAUUACAAAAUUUGCAGUACUUGUGCAUCGGUGGUACGUCCUCCACUUUCCGAAAACUGAAGGAGCUUAAGAUAGUUAGUCUACCAGAAUUUGAUAGAUGUUGUGAGGCAAACUUGGUGGCAGGAGAGCAAAUAACAUUUCCUCAGCUUGAAAAGUUGUUUAUUGAGCGCUGUGAAAAGUUCACUGCAUUACCAGAAGCGGCAUUGCUGAAAGAAUCAUAUGGUGGAGGAGAUUAUACAAUGGCCCGCUCAGCAUUUCCAGAAUUGAAGGAGCUCCAAUUGAUAGAAUUAAGCAGCUUUCAAAGCUGGGAUGCAAUACAAGUAGGACAGCUAAUAUUCCCUCUACUUGAGACUGUCCGUAUUUCGAAAUGCCCACAGUUAACAAAUCUACCUAAAGCACCAAAGCUCAGAGUAUUAGAGAUAACUGAAGGCAACCCACAUAUGUACCAAAGCUCAGAGUAUAUGACGUCAUUAUCCACUUUGAAAUUGGGCAUCCAAGAAGGAGAAACAACAAGUGUGAUUGAUCUGGUGGACGGCAAGGAGAAAUGGAAUCGUAAAUACCCUCUGACAGGUAUGGAGCUAAUCGGCUGCAACUUGUUCUUCCACUCAAGUGCACUUGUGCUAUGGACUUGUUUUGUGCAGCUCCAAAGUCUAGAAAUUCGGAGUUGCGAUGCGCUUGUCUGCUGGCCGGAGAAAGAGUUUCAAAGCUUGGUAUCCUUGAGGAGUCUGACUAUUAAGAACUGCAAUUGUCUGAUUGGAUACGCACAAGGUCCUGACCAGCCAGCAUCAUCAGAAAGAAGCCAACGUUUGCCCCAUCUCGAGUAUCUACGGAUACAUGAGUGUGCAAGUCUGGUAGAGGUCUUCGACCUCCCAGCGUCUCUCAAGGAAAUGCAUAUUUGGCGGUGCCGUAAGCUUGAGCGCAUAUUCGGCGAGCAACAGGACAAGCCAGCAUUAACUCAAGGGCCUAGCACUGACGUCAUGGCAUCCACAGCUGUACCGGAGCUGUCAUCAUCGGCCAGGGACCACUUCCUUCCGUGUCUUGAAAGGCUAGCAGUUGAAUUGUGUGACAGCUUGUCAGGGGUUCUCAGGCUUCCCCCGUCCCUCAAGGAUAUAGAUAUUAGCUAUUGCGGCAAUCUAGAAGUCCUAUCAGGCCAGCUGGAUGCACUCAUUACACUAGACAUUUAUGAGUGCCCGAGGUUGAGGUCCCUGGAAUCCUGCUUGGGAGAGCUCCCAACGCUGGAAUGCCUUUCUCUUCGGAAAUGUGCAAGCCUGACAUCCUUGCCCAAUGGGCUACCAGCAUACUCAUCUCUUUCUCAUCUUGAAAUUCAAGGUUGUCCUGGUAUAAAGUUGCUUCCUUCAUCCCUGCGUCAACGUCUGGACAGCAUCGCGUAUAAAAAUCUCGAUGCUCGUUACGAAGGUGCCAAGCUAUUGAAACCAAAGACGUGGAAAUAUGCCAUCUCUAGAAAUUAGUAAGCCAACAAUAACCCAAAGUAUCAGGAAAGUUACUAAGCAGGAGGUGGUUUAUUACACAUAUAUUUCCCUCUUACGGUGCACAGGGCCUGAAUAAUAGAGGCUCUGAUAAUUGUUCCAAGACUAACAAAUGGCGAUGGGAUCAAAUGGAAUGGAGAUGUAGAAUAUAUUGCUCACUGGCAUAGAGAGAACAUCUCGACAAAGAUUUCCCCCAUCCCGAGACAUAAUCAGACAAAUUUAAAACAUAUAACAUGUAAAUUACAGUCAAAAGACCACUAGAAAUUUAUUUGUGCAAAACAAGUGCAUCCAAAAGAAACAUAUUUAGAUAUCUGCCACGAAUUUUGAACCAGUUAGCUAUAUAUGUUGUUUUAUCCCCAUGAUUUGGAGCGUUGUUAUGCAUUUUGCAUAUGUGCUGUGCUGUAAGUAUCAUGAUGUUUCUUUGUAACUGAGCUUGGAGAAAGAUUAUAGUAUCAUAUUUGUGGCUAUUUACUUCUAUUAUGUUAUUCCCUAUUAUUUGA